AUGGCCUCAAUACUAAAAAAAAAAUUACGAAAAACAGGAGACUCGAGUAAUCCAUCUACUACUACUACUAAUAGUAACAAUAAUGGGAAAUCCGCUAGUAGCUCAAGGUCUUCAGGAAAGAUCUCUACGAACUCAACUGACGGUACUCAUACCCCUGCAAUCGUUGUUGUAAAUGCAACAGAACAGCAAAAAGCUCAAAAUAGCUUGGAAAAUUCUGUUCCCAUUUUACCUGCAAAUAAUCACAAGUCUCAUACAAAAGAGGAACCACCAAAGAGAGAUCCAUUAAAUCGUUUAAAAAAUACACCUAAAGAUGUUAUUCCUAUAAGUAAAGCACCACGUCGUCAAAGAUCAUCAAGGUUUCAUGUAACUGAAAAGGUCGAAUUAGAAAAGCUACCAAAUUUUAAUG